GAAAAAUAAACAAACGUUAGCGGCCGUUUUAUUUUUCAUUGAACUAUUUUUGUUCACUGCCGUAACGAAUUUAAUGAUUCUAAUGAUAAACAAACCACUGUGACUAUUUCAGCAUACAAUUCUCGUAAACAAGUGCUUUGUUGAAUUAAGUUUUAUAUUAAAUACUGACAAAAAUGAACAUUGAGGGAGAUGGAAACUCGGACGAGUACAUUGUUACAGCUAUCCAGAUAUUUGAAUACUGUGGGGCAGACAGUUCAAGUACUUUACGGGUCGAUGCCUUGAUGGAUAAAUUCGCGCCUUUCAUAAAAACUAACAGAGCUGAAUACAGCUACCUCAAGUCUUUACUAGACCCGGAUCAGAAUAAUCCGGAAAUAACAGUCAGCAAACUGGCUGACUCUUUAAAUAAAUAUAGUGAGAGUCAAAAAGUCAAAGUGGAUCUUGAAGAGAGUUUUAAUUUGAAAAGUGGACAGGUUCCACAUGACUCGGACUCGGGGAUCUCUACAGAUGGAUUCCAACUCCUGGAGGAACUGCAAUGUGAACUCCGAGAGAAGUCCCAUAUCGCACACCAGCUGCGCAGCCAGCUGGAGUUCACGGAUCGGCAGCAUGAGGAGGCCAUGGCAGCUCUCACUGCGGAGAGGGACUCGCUACGGUCACAUCUUAAUAUGCUACGUGAAGAGAACGCAACGCUAACACACGUGCGUCACGACUACGAGGACGUGUGCGAGCGGCUGUGCGUCAGCGAGCGGGCGCUGGACGACGCGCGCCGCGAGCUCGACGGCGGCAAGCGGCGCGCCAGACUGCUCGCCGAGCAAGUUGGCGCGCUUGAGAGCGAGAAAGUAACCCUCAGCGAACUCCUAGCUAAGUCGAAAGAGGAGUGCCACCGCAUAAACGAGAUGUACGCGGGGCGGCAGGUGGCGCUGCUGGAGCACAACGAGCGCCUGCGCGCCGCGCACGCCGACCUCAGCGCGCGCCUGCGCGACCAGCACGACGCGCUGCAGACCGUGCUCAGUGAGAAGGUUUUGCUAGAAAUGGAGCUAAAAGACAUGUUGAACAAAACGAACCAAACUCACUUAAAGUUGGACCGUUCCAUCGACGUCAGCUACACUGAGGACCAAAUGCUGACCGCUUUGGACAGUCUUAAUGCUGAGAGUCGCUUUUCUUCUGACAAUCAAAUACUCGACGAAGAAUCGUUCGUCAACAAGUUGAAAGAGGAACAAGGGCGCGCAACUAACAUGUCGCUUUUCGACGAAAUACGACUCAGCUUCUGUAACAUGUCCCGAACUAAUAUCACUGAGAUUAGCUCGCACGAUAAACUUUUUGAUACAUCAUUUAUAAACGUGGCCACACAAACAGAUGAAACGGAAAAAACUUGCAUGGACGCUGAAAUUCAAACCAUACAAUCUAUAAUGAAAUUGGAAACAAAGUCAACUCAAACUAUUGGUGUUAACAAAAAUGCUUUGGCACGAAAAAUACCAAAAUUAACCCGGCCAAUUAAAAAAGAUCCACCCAAAAUACUAGUACAUACAAGCAUUCAAACAGAAACUAACACUUUGAAUAAUAAUACCACUGAUGUUUGUAAAGAAUGCAUUAAUUGUAAACAGUUAGAAGAAUUCAAUGAUUAUACGACCAAAUUGGAAAGCGAUUUCAGAAACUCGCACGCAACCGUUGCAAAGAUGAGACGGGAAAUAGACAGUUACGAGAACAAUUUAAAUGUUUUAAAGAAAUUCGUCGACGAAGGCAAUGAAAGGAACAACUAUAUGAGAACAGUAGUAGAUAAUUUAAAAGCUAAGUUGGUUGUGUUAGAAGAGAAAUGCAUGGACCAAGGGGAACGGAUAAAGAGUUUGUGCUGUGAAACGUGCGCAGCGGAGGCCCAGACUGAGUGUGAUCAAGUGUCAGUGUGCUCACAAACUGACUUGCCGUGUUCGUCCUGCGUGAAACGGAACACGCCGCACCGACUUAGAAGGUAUUUAUGGGAGCCGCUGAGGUGUCUGUUCCAAGUGUUCGCUGUGAUUUGCUUCCUCUGCGCUAUAUCCGUACUAUAUAACGUGACACAAAGAUGGCAUACACGCUGUUCACCAAUCACCACGUGGAGUUGGUUGCAGCCUCACGAUCUGAUGGAUCUACUGUUCCGUAUAGAAUAUGUAGCCGAUGUGCCUAUGUAGGUUGUGGAAUGUUGGGUAAAUUGGGCAAUUUUGCCUUUAAAUGAGUGUUGGGCAAAUUUUUUUGUAUGUAAGCGUAUGGGCAAAUUUUGUUUAAGUAUGCGUAUGGGCAAAUUGUGUGUGUAUUAAUGACAUUAGCAAACAUUACAUGUUACGAUGUGAAAAUAGAUCCACUCAACUCAUAUUUGUGUGAAUUAAAACUUGCCAGUUUGUAAAUGUAUGGGUAAAUUUGCCCAUACGACGAUUCAAAGGCAAAUACGACCUUCUUGUUCAUAGUAAAGUCACUGUAUAAUAAAUAUGUAAUUUUAUUACUUUUAACAACGCCAAUUUAAUUAAUUGAACAGAGUGCUAUUAUUAAUAUAUUAAAUUCAAUUGCCUGCAAGUAUUAUUAAUAAUUAUUAUUAUUCUCUGCAACUAGACUAUGGAAAUACAUGGAGUAGUCUAAAAAAUUGCGCACAAUUCCAAAGAAUUUAUGUUAUAUUUUUAUGUAAGACAAUGUAAAGUUGUGUUGUGAAUUGCAUGUGAAUUUAAAUUUUAUCGAAUUAUUGCAUUUAGAAUUAAUUUUUAUAGAUUAAUAAAAUAUAAUAAUGCACAA